UAAGGGAGGAAGUAUAAUUUUACCCAAACUGCCACAAUGCUCUGAGUCUCGAUCUAUGAAUAUAUAUCGAAUUGAAGUUCGUUUCCAGUUUUCAUGUUUCCACAUCCAUCGACCGUCCCACUUAAAACACCAAUAUACAAAUCUCUCAAAACCCAACAUUCAAGAACUUUGGUAAUCCCUACAAGGCUACAACUCUCUUUUGUUCGUGUUUGAUCUAAUAUAUUCAUACAAAUCGAAUCUUUCUGCAAAUCAAUGGACCAUUCAUGGCGUCCUAACCCAAUUCAAGGUAAUAUCUGUCCUACUUGUUCUUUUUCUCACUUUCCCUUUUGCCCUCCUAACUCUCAUCCCUCUGCAUAUUCUACACCUGCUUUUGAUUCCAUUCGUUCCCCAAUUAACUUUAACCAAACCAAUUAUAAUAACAAUCCGGGUGACCCAUAUUAUGAUCCGAGCUAUAGUAACAGAAACCCAAGUUUUCCUCAUGUAGGUGAUUUUGGAACUGUUAAUAGAGGUCCCUAUCCUAUGAAAAAUCAUGGUUCUGGAUAUGGGGAUGGUGGUUACAUGUGGAAUGAUUAUAGUAAUGUUAAUAAUAGGAGUAGCAAAAGAUUAAGGGUAGAUGGAAACGAUUGUGGGCCAUAUGGGCCAAACGGCGUUGCUAGGGUUUCGUCGAAUUUUCAUGUGGAAGAUAAUGAAAAGAGAUUGAAGUCGGUUCAUGAUCAAGGAGUGUUUAAUCCAGGUUUUGGUUUUGGUGGGGAUGUGAGAGGGUAUGCUUCAGGAAGUUCUGGUUUUGAUUGGAAUUUUGAUGGUUGGCAUCAUGGGAAUUCGAGUAAUUGUGGAUUGCGACCUCCGGGAAAUGUGGAGAUGAGAAACUCGUUGGGGACGGGGCAUAAUGUGCAUUUUGGAUCGCAGUUUGUUAUGAAUAGGAGUGCCUCCAAUGUGGAGCAAGAUGUAUUGGGAAAUCAAUAUCAACAGCAAGCUCAAUAUGGGCAAGUGGAGAACCCUUCUGAUCCCAGUAGAUUUUAUCAGGGAGGGGUUGGACAUGAUAUUAAUGGACAGGGGCAUGGUUAUCAUUACUCAAACUAUGGAAAUUCUCAUGGUUUAAAAGAGAUGUAUAGUGGCAAUGUGGACUCUAUGCAUCCUAACAAUGCUCCAAUGCACAAUGAUCAUAGGAACAAUAUGCCAUCAUUGAACCACUACCCAAACAACCAUUCUCCGUUACCUUCUACAGGGCAACAACCUGGUCGUUUGAGAUAUGAUUAUGGUUCUCAACACCAAAUUAGUGAUGUACAUCCACCUCCUGUUGAUGGGUAUCAAGUUCCAACUGGUAAUCAAAAUGUUUCUACCCAGGCUCAUUAUGGGGUCUCAAAUAUGAAUUAUCAAGGAGGUUAUGGUAACUCUAAUUCAGAUAAAAUGGCUCACAUGCAUGCUUCACUAGGAUAUGAUGUACAGCCUCCACUGCCAACUUCUCCUCCCCCUCCUCUGCCUAGGGAGCCACCAGUUAGCUGGCCAGUAGAACAAAAGCCGUUAUCUUCACCAUUGAUAGUGUCCUCCUCUUUAUUUCCUGUUCAUGCUGACUCUUCAGCGGCUGUGCUCCCUGCACAAGUCCCCAUUCCCGAAUCUCACUCACGAGCCGCCCCACUUCUAUUGAGCUCUCAAACUGGACAUACAACACGUGGAGCGUUUCAAGGGGAUCCUCAAGGCACUUCAACAUUAAUUAGACAAUAUGUUGGAGAUGGCCAAUCACGCUUACCAAAGAAUAACUUUGCUGAUAAACCUAAAAUUAUUGAUGCUGCCCACUUAUUCAAGCCACCUCAUCGAGCAUCUCGUCCAGAUCAUUUUGUAAUCAUACUUCGAGGCCUACCAGGAAGUGGAAAGAGUUACUUAGCAAAGAUGUUACGAGAUUUGGAAGUUGAACAUGGUGGUAAAGCGCCUAGAAUUCAUUCAAUGGAUGAUUAUUUCAUGACUGAAGUUGAGAAGGUUGAUGAGAAGGAGGCUUCAAAAUCGUUAGUGAGAUUCAAGAAACCCGUCAUGAAGGUCUUAGAGUAUAGUUAUGAACCUGAAAUGGAGGAGGCUUAUAGAUCGAGCAUGCUAAAAGCAUUUAAGAAGACUCUUGAGGAGGGUUCCUUCACCUUCGUAAUUGUGGAUGACCGCAAUCUGCGGGUAGCUGAUUUUGCUCAGUUUUGGGCAUCUGCAAAGAGGUUGGGCUAUGAAGUUUAUGUACUGGAAGCGCCGUAUAAGGAUCCAACAGGUUGCACUGCUAGGAACAUCCAUGGCUUUACUCAGGUUGAAGUGGAAAAGAUGGCUGCACUAUGGGAAGAAGCUCCAUCGCUAUACUUACAAGUGGAUGUUAAGUCUCUAUUCCAUGGAGAUGAUUUGAAGGAAAGCAAUAUAGAAGAGGUUGAUAUGGACACAGAAGAUGACAACAUUGAUGGAGGCUUGAAUAAGUUGGAUGAGAGCGUAACUGAGAAAAUUGUUACGGCUUCAGCGGGAGACCUCGGACAAUAUGUUUUACAGAAGGAUGAGUGGAACUUUGAGACUCAGGUUCAUAAUUCAUCAGAGGAAGUCAAAGAUUUAGGACGUAGUAAGUGGUCUGGCAAUUUGGAUGAUGAUGACAAUGAAAGGACUGAAGUUUUGAAGGGCAAGGCAAAUGUUUUGUCUGGAUCGGUGAGAACUUAUGGGAGAGAAGGUAAAUCUGUUCAUUGGGGGGAUCAGAGUGGUCGUACUGGGUUUUCCAUUGGUGCUGUCAAGAAGGCAAAUUCAGGUUCGUUGGUCAUCGGUCCUGGUCCAGGCUACAACCUGAAGUCGAAUCCAUUGCUUGAGGAGGAAGCAAAAACCGGAAAACCUGGAGUUAUGAAGAAGCAGCAUAGCAUGUUUAAGGAGAGGCUGCGUGCAGAGCAAGAGUCCUUUAAAGCUGUUUUCGACAGAAGGCGACAUCGUAUUGGGGGUCUUGAUGCAGAUGAUGAUUGAUUCGCCAAAAUUAAUUAUAUAAAAUUUUGCAGUUAGCAAUUUUUUACUUUUACAUUGCCCCUGCUGUAUAUUAAAUGCUCAAACCAGCUGAUAUAAACAUUAUAUUGCCUGUAUUAUGAUGUAAACCAGGAUGUGAGCCUAAUCAAUCCGGUGUUGGCGAAUCGUGCAUUGUAAAACCAAUGAAGUUCGACAUAUAUGAUUGAUUUUCAUCAGAUUUAAAUGUUUCUAAUGUGAUUUA